UAUGUGCUGUAUCAGUUUACGGCAACAUGGCAGCCUGCUGGCUUGAGCUGUGUGUGUGUCGGAGAAUCUGAAACUUCACCAUGACAACGGGCACGGACAGCACGAGACCCUAACCCUGGUAACGGGGGCUCGUGAACAUGAUGAUGUGUUUUCGGAGGGUUUCUGCUCCGUUGUGUCGAAACGCUGCAAAUGUCCGCUGUCUGGCGCGAGGUGCGGCUAUGUGUCGGCUCGAGCCUGUGUCAUGGCGGCACGCACUCACACCUGUCAACGAGUGCGCGAGGCUGAGACAGUCUCCGGUGAGCGGCUCGUGGCCACCGAGGGGGACGGAGAGCCGUGUCGCGUGCUGGAGUGGUAUCCUCCAGCAGGUGAAGACAACACCCUGGCACGCGCAGGGAGCCGUCUCCCCCGUGUACUGGGGAGGUCACGAGAGGUCGGUGGCCGGUUUCCGGUCUCUGCUGUACCCCAGCGCUCGUGGGCUUUGCAGCGGAAAGACCAAGGAGACACCGGACAACUCCCCGGCGGCGGACGGGAAUGAAGCCAGUCCGGUGCCGGGACACGGGCUGUUCAAGUUCAAAGAGCUGUAUGAAAACCCAUGGACAAUCCCCAACUUUUUGUGUGUUUGUCGCAUUGUGCUGGCUCCGUUUCUGGGUCAUCUGAUCAUCGAGCAGCACUUUCACGUCAGUCUCGCUCUGUUCAUGCUGGCUGGCGCAACUGACCUGCUGGAUGGGUACAUUGCCAGGACGUGGCCCACUCAGAAGUCUGCGUUGGGCAGCGCUCUCGACCCAUUGGCUGAUAAGAUCCUCAUCAGUAUUUUGUAUGUCAGUCUCACCUAUGCGCAACUUAUACCAGCUCCACUGACAGCUCUAGUGAUUUCCAGAGACAUUGGUUUGAUAGCUGCUGUUUUCUGGGUCAGAUACAAGACUGUACCUCCACCGGUGACCCUUAGUAAGUUUUUUAACCCCUGCUACACCACAGCCCAGCUCAAGCCCACACUCUUCAGCAAGGUGAACACAGCCAUCCAGUUCCUUCUGGUUGCAGCUUCUCUAGCUGCUCCAGUCUUCCAGUAUACGGACAGUGUCCUGCUGCAGUGCUUAUGGUACGUUACAGCGGUGACUACAGCAGCAUCCGGCUAUAGCUACUGGCACUACGGACGCAAGACUGUCCAGGUGCUAAAUACCAGAUCACCAUGACAACCACACCAGGAAACGCCAAGGAGAACAAAAGCAGCCAACAGCCGCUGCAGAGACACUGAUCAGCUGUGGCAAAAGUCGGACAGACAGAUGGACAAUUGCCAGGAGCUCUGAAACCAAGUAGCUGUGACAACCAUUUAUGAGUCGCCAUGGCAAUGACACACGGAAAUCAACCGAGGCCGCAGAUGGUUUACUGUGACACUACAGAAACGCCUAACAGCAGCUCUGCAUCUGGACUGCAUCUGGACUGGCUGUGGACGAGAGACACAGAUAAAAACAGCAAACACAAAUAUAGACCAUCUACGCACACACACACACACACACACACUCUCACAUACACUCAAACAUACAUGUCAAGUAUAUGUUAAGUGAUCUGGUGGCAACGGAGGUGGAGGUGGCAACGUGAGCCUGAUUAGUCACAUGAUUGUCAGUUUUGUAAACUAAUGAUUUCUGAUUAAAAAAAGAAUCUGUUUUGGUUA